UCGCGGCCGCCAUCUUUAUUCAGGGUAUAAUGGUGUCUUUUCCAAUAACCUUGGGGAAAACAAAUACACAACAUUUCGCCUUUUCCCGUCGCUACGCACUUUUUGGCGAAUACAAAAUCCUUGUUAAGGCCAAAAUCUUUAUUGAGAGGUAAUAACACAAAAUACACAUAAAUGUGCAGAUUUUUAGGUAAUUUUCGCGGCUCGGGUUCUGUGGUUUUCUGUCUGUCUGCGCAGUUACUUUCUAGAAUCUUCUCUCAUGUUGUAUCCGGAGGCGUAAGGUAGGGAUUCCCUAACUAAACAUGGCGGCCGCUUUCCUUCCCGUCCCCCUCUGCGUGACGUGUUACGUAGGUUCCUCGAGGCUCCGCCCCCUUGUUGAUCGAGACGUGUUUGCUGCAGCAGUUCCAGAAGGAAAGAUGGCUGCGGUGCUGGUGUGGUUGAGAGAAGCGGAGAGCGGCCGGGCGGCGGUGUGUGAGGCGGCACCGGGAGCUCUGGUGCGGGAUCUACUGCCUGGUGGGAACUCGCCGUGCGAUUUUUACGUGAAGUGCAAUGGCCGUCGAGUUGGAGGCGAGGAGCCGCUGCAGAACGGGCUGGUGUACAGCGUGGAGCCGCGACUAUGCGGAGGCAAAGGGGGGUUCGGCUCAAUGCUGCGUGCACUGGGGGCACAGAUCGAGAAGACAACAAACAGGGAGGCGUGCCGCGACCUGAGCGGAAGGCGGCUCAGAGAUGUCAACCACGAGAAAGCUAUGGCUGAAUGGAUAAAAAAACAAGCAGAGCGCGAAGCUGAAAAAGAGCAGCGACGCCUGGAGAGACUGAAACGAAAACUGGCUGAGCCCAAACAUUACUUUACCGACCCGGAGUAUCAUCAGCAAUGCAGCGACAUGUCGGAGAGGCUGGAGGACUCGGUCAUCAGAGGAUUACAAGCUACGUCAAGUUCAUCGGUUUCUGCAGGUUCAAGCGACACUCGAAAACGCAGAAAAGAGCAAAACAGCAGCAAAGAGGAUUCUGGGAAAAAGAAAUGCUUUUGGACUGGGUUGGAGGGCUUAGAAGCGUCUUCCAGUUCUGAAAGCGGCAGCGAGAGCGACUCCGAAUCCCCCUCUACGUCUGCAUCAUGUAGCAGUGUUGAACAGAGACUACAGAGCUCCGACAGCGAUUCUGAUGGUCCGGCACCAUGUUCUUCCUUUCAUGCGGCCUCUGAGCAGAUCCCAGAAUGCAGCGCAGCAGGAAGUUCUGUGGCUGCGGAGGUGGAGCAGCCGAUGAUAUGUGACCCAGAUGAGCAGAGCUCCUCCAGUAUUACAGCCUCUGAGCCCAGCACAGAACACAGAGAGGAAGAGGAGAACUCUGUGCAGGAGGCCAUGAACGUGGAGCAGCCAAAGGCCGACCCAGAACCAGAGACACGGGCUUCUACUGCCAGCACACAGCAAGAAACCCCCAGUGGGGAUUCUACUUCCUUUGACCUCCUCGCAUUCACCUCGGCUUCUGAGCUGGAAGUUCUGGGGCUGGAAAAGUUGAAGGUGGAACUCAUGGCUCUGGGCCUGAAAUGCGGGGGAACACUACAGGAGCGCGCGGCCAGGCUCUUCUCUGUGCGUGGACUCACCAGGGAGCAGAUAGACCCCUCACUCUUCGCCAAACCAAGCAAAGGCAAAAAGAAAUAGAAGUGCAGGGGCUGUGCCCAUAAUACUGGACAGACCGGGACUUUACAUCAAAGUGUUCAUAGACCACGAGAAGCCAAACUCCAUGAUUUCUGUUUUUUUUUUUA